GAAAGUGAUGCGCAGGAAGCUACUCCAUGGGGGUAUACUGCACAUGGUUAGGCACUACUCUAGAGUAUCGCCACCCCCUCCUGCACAUGCGGCCCCCGUCAUUCGAGUGCACAAUAACAUAGCCCAGCUAGGCUGCCCAAAAGGGGGCCCAAAGCCUCGGCAGCUACUUUCACUUCCUGCUUUCCCUGGCCUCCCCCUCCCUGGGAAGAGGUCAGUCAGUGUCCCUGGGAAAUCUCCGCAUGUCACUGCCAUCAGCUGGGUCAAGUACUACUUUGAUGACAUCCCUGGCUUCAUGCUUCAGUCCCAUUUCAACAAGGGCCUGGUUCAGAUAGAAUGCCAUAAUAUGGAUGACUCAUCCUUGGACAAGCAAGGUCAAAUGCAAUCCUUGAGAAAGAUCGGUCCUAGUGAGGUUAUGGAGGCUGGUAUGAGAAUUUAUAUACCUGUUUCAGUUGCUGAGGCUAAAAUUUCAAAGAGAUUUGACACCAUACCCAGUGGAACUCUUUAUCCAAAUGCUGAUGAGAUCGAGUACUUGCAAAGGCUAGUGAUAUACAAGGAUCCAGCUAUAAUUGUACUAAAUAAGCCCCCUAAAUUGCCAGUCAAGGGAAAUAUGCCAGUUCAUAAUAGCAUGGAUGCAUUAGCAGCUGCGGCAUUAUCUUUUGGUUAUGAGGAGGGUCCCAAGUUGGUUCAUCGCCUUGACAGAGAGAGCAGUGGUCUUCUUCUAAUGGGUAGGACAAAAGAAAGCAACGAUCGACUACAUUGGUUGUUCAGCGACACGAGUAAAGCAAAAUCUUCAUAUAAGCCUUGGAAUGAUGCUUGUCAAGCAACAGUGCAGAGGUACUGGGCAUUGGUCAUAGGGUCUCCGAAAGAAAAAGAAGGUGUUAUUCAUGCCCCUCUUUCAAAGGUUCUUCUUAAUGAUGGGAAAACAGAAAGGGUCAUCCUGGCCCAUCUCUCCGGUGUAGAAGCUUCUCAAGAGGCUAUAACUGAAUAUCGGGUAUUGGGCCCUACGAUAAAUGGAUGCACAUGGAUUGAGCUGUGUCCACUUACUGGCCGGAAACAUCAGGUACAUGUAGUAUCUAGUUUGAGAAAUACCAUUGGUGAUGGGACCAAUCCUCACCUUGACCAUACUUUGACCUACCAUUAUUCAGAAUCAGGGCAAUCUGGGGUUUUGUCUUAG